CCCUCAUUUCCCCUAAUCCCGUCUCCCGGCCAGUGAUCGCUCUGCCACCAAAACCCUAACCCUUGAUUAAUCCGAUCGAGAGAAGGAGGAAGAAAGGGUUGGAGAUGGGGGAGGGGGAAGCGCUGGAGAGGCUGGGAUCGGACGGGAUGGAGUCGUGCAUGAAGGGGGACCUGGGGAUCGAGAUCGAAGCGCCGCCGUGCCGGGAGAGCGCCGCCACGGCGGAGGACUGGAGGAAGGCUCUUGGGAAGGUCGUGCCGGCGGUGGUCGUCCUCCGGACCACCGCUACACGGGCAUUCGAUACGGAGUCCGCCGGCGCGAGCUACGCCACCGGCUUCGUCGUCGACAAGGGCCGCGGCAUCAUCCUCACGAAUCGCCACGUCGUCAAGCCCGGUCCCGUGGUUGCAGAGGCUAUGUUUGUUAAUCGGGAGGAAAUUCCAGUCUUUCCAAUAUACAGGGAUCCCGUACAUGAUUUUGGCUUCUUUCGCUAUGACCCUGGAGCAAUCAAGUUUCUGAACUAUGAGGAGAUCCCCCUCAUGCCUGAAGCUGCUUGUGUUGGACUAGAGAUACGGGUUGUUGGCAAUGAUAGUGGUGAAAAAGUCUCGAUUUUGGCUGGAACUCUUGCUCGCCUUGAUAGAGAUGCACCUCAUUAUAAGAAGGAUGGAUAUAAUGACUUCAAUACAUUCUACAUGCAGGCGGCAUCUGGGACAAAAGGAGGCUCAAGUGGUUCUCCUGUCAUUGACUACCAAGGAAGAGCUGUUGCCUUGAAUGCUGGGAGCAAGUCUUCCAGUGCUUCUGCAUUUUUCCUCCCCUUAGAACGAGUUGUGAGAGCAUUAAAAUUAAUUCAAGAGAGUUGGAAUGUGUUUGGAACCAAGCCAGAUGCUGUUACCAUUCCACGCGGUACACUUCAGGUGACUUUUCUGCAUAAAGGAUUUGAUGAAACACGACGACUGGGACUACAAGCGGAAACAGAACAAAUGGUGAGGCAUGUUUCUCCUGCUGGCGAGACAGGAAUGUUGGUUGUUGAUUCUGUGGUACCUGGAGGUCCCGCUUAUAAACAACUGGAGCCUGGUGAUGUGUUAGUCUGUGUGAAUGGGGAGGUUGUUACGCAGUUUCUUAAACUGGAGACCUUACUUGAUGACAGCAUUGACGGGGAGAUAGAUUUGCAGAUUGAAAGAGGGGGAAGUUCCUUGACAGUGAAGUUGAAGGUUCAGGAUUUGCAUUCUAUUACUCCAAAUCACUUCUUGGAAGUGAGUGGUGCUGUUGUCCACCCUCUCUCAUAUCAGCAGGCUCGAAAUUUUCGUUUCAAAUGUGGUCUUGUAUAUGUUGCAGAUACAGGGUAUAUGCUCUCUCGAGCAUCUGUUCCACGACAUGCCAUUAUCAAGAAGUUUGCAGGAGAAGAAAUAUCAAAUUUGGAGGACUUCAUCUCAGUCCUUGCCAAAUUAUCUAGAGGUGCUCGGGUUCCUUUAGAAUAUGUCAGCUACAUGGAUCGCCAUCGAAAUAAGUCCGUAUUGGUCACAGUUGAUCGUCAUGAAUGGUAUGCUCCUCCUCAGAUAUAUACCCGUAAUGAUAGCACAGGGUUGUGGAUGGCUUCGCCAGCAAUACCAUCAGAUCCUCCUGUAUUUGCUUCAUCUUUUCAUUGUGGUGGAUCAGACAUGAGGUCUAGUACAGAGGCAUCGAUGGUUGAUUCUGGUCUGCUGGAUCAUGACUAUCAAAAUAACAAUGAAAAUGGGGCAGAUGGUUGUGUUAGAAUGCAGACUGAUGAUGAAAAUAUUAUUGAGAAGUCACACACUGGUGAACAUGCCAUUAAUGAGAAAAAAAGGCGACGGAUAGAACAGGAUUCAGCAGUAGAAGGAAGCAUUUUGUCUAAUGGAACCGCAAGUGAGCUUAAAGAACAGGCUUUUGGGCAUCCACUGAACUUGGAAAACACUAACCUUUCACAUGAUCAGGGCACAGUCACAACUAAUGCAUCAAUGGCAGAGCAGGUGAUAGAGCCCACUCUUGUGAUGUUUGAGGUUCAUGUGCCACCAUCUUGUAUGCUCGAUGGUGUGCACUCUCAACAUUUUUUUGGAACUGGAGUCAUAAUAUAUCAUUCAGAAAACAUGGGCUUAGUAGCUGUUGACAAAAACACAGUUGCUGUAUCCGUCUCUGACGUAAUGCUUUCAUUUGCUGCUUAUCCUAUGGAAAUUCCUGGGGAGGUUGUUUUUCUGCACCCUGUUCACAACUAUGCACUUGUUGCCUACAAUCCUUCUGCUCUGGGAGCAGGUGCUUCCGUUGUUCGUGCAGCUGAACUUCUUCCUGAACCUGCUUUGAGAAGAGGGGAUUCUGUAUAUCUGGUUGGGCUAAGUAGAAGUUUACAGGCAACAUCAAGAAAAUCAACUGUUACCAAUCCCUGUGCUGCAUUGAAUAUUGGAUCUGCUGAUUGCCCACGAUAUCGAGCAACCAAUAUGGAAGUCAUUGAGCUUGAUACUGAUUUUGGUAGUACUUUUUCUGGUGUGCUUACUGAUGAGCAUGGAAGGGUCCAGGCAUUGUGGGCAAGCUUUUCUACUCAGUUGAAGUAUGGUUGUAACUCUUUGGAAGAUCAUCAAUUUGUUAGAGGCAUACCCAUAUAUGCAAUCAGUCAAGUCCUUGAGAAGAUAAUCUCUGGUGUGCCAGGACCACUUCUUCUUAUUAAUGGCAUAAAAAGGCCAAUGCCUCUUGUCAGAAUCCUAGAGGUGGAGCUUUAUCCAACCUUGCUUUCUAAGGCCAGAAGUUUUGGACUGAGUGACAGUUGGGUACAGGCUCUUGCCAAAAAGGAUCCAGUAAGAAGGCAAGUAUUGCGUGUUAAAGGUUGUUUGGCAGGAUCAAAAGCUGAAAGCCUGUUAGAGCAAGGAGACAUGAUCCUAGCGAUCAACAAAGAGCCAAUUACAUGCUUCCGUGAUAUAGAAAAUGCUUGCCAAGGUCUAGACAAAUGUGAAGAUACGGAUGGUGGACUUAUGAUGACUAUUUUUCGACAGGGUCAAGAAAAUGAUCUUAUCAUUGGAACGGACAUUAGAGAUGGCAAUGGCACAACACGCUUGGUGAAUUGGUGCGGAUGUAUAGUGCAAGAUCCUCAUCCAGCAGUACGUGCUCUUGGGUUUCUUCCUGAAGAAGGCCAUGGAGUGUAUGUGGCAAGAUGGUGCCAUGGGAGCCCAGUACAUAGGUAUGGUCUGUAUGCACUCCAAUGGAUAGUUGAAGUGAAUGGAAAACUAACGCCAGAUCUGGAAACCUUUGUGGAAGUAGCAAAGGGACUGGAACAUGGAGAGUUUGUGAGAGUUAGGACAGUCCAUUUAAAUGGGAAGCCUCGUGUGCUGACUCUGAAGCAGGAUCUUCACUACUGGCCUACAUGGGAGCUUAGAUUUGAUCCAGAGACUGCCAUAUGGCGCAGGAGAACAAUCAAAGAAUUAAAUAUAGUAUAGCACGAUAAUUAAAAGCCUGCAUCCAUAAGAUAAUUGUUGAAUCAAUCUUGGUCCGAAAGUUCUGCCAUCCCACUAUCUGUGGACAUGAGAUUAUACAACUGCAAUCUAUUGGCUGCUUGUAGAAUCAGAGUCGUAGUCUGCCUGCGGUGGAGUUGUGUUGUAAAUCUUCAGUAAUCCAUUACCUGUUUGCAGCAGUAUUUGAUAAUAUAUUGCUAAAGUUCAGAGAAGGCAAAAUAUAUGGUAUUUUGUAAAAUAACUAUUCAUAAUUUCAUAAUGUCACAUUUUUUUCACUAUUUUUUGUAUAAGAUCAUUUAUAUAAAAUUAAGGGUUUGCUAUUGUAUUGCACG